GAAACCUCAAUAUCACCAACAUUGAGUCAGGCUGUUCAGCAGCUCCUCUAGCUUCCGUUGCAUUAUAUAUAUUAAGUAGAGGGUCCAUGAAUUGAAGAUGUCUGCUUUACAAAUCAUUGCAUCCAGUCAAAAUUCCGUUUCUAGUCACAGAAAACUGUGUAAUAAAUUAUUCGCUUUACGACUGCAAGAAGCGUUUUUGCAGGAUGUUUUUCAAUCCAUAAAUAUUAUAUUAACAAUAAAAAAGGGAAAUAGCAAUGCAGAUCGCGUCCUUCGAUUUAUUGUCACGUUCAUUAAUUAUCUUCAGCAAAAGGAUCCGAAGACUGACAUUGCUCAACCAGUUUUAAAGCACGCUUUAAGAGGUUUGGAUGCGAAAGAUAAAACAGUGCGCUUUCGCAGCUGUCAGGUUGUGGCCAGAGUCAUCAAUUGCGUGAAAGAAAUCGAUGAUGACAUAUACAGUAUUCUUCGUGAAAAAUUACUCGAUCGUGUAGUAGACAGAGAAUCGUUUGUACGCCUGGAAGCCGUCAUUGCCCUCUCUCGUCUUCAAGAGGAUACUGAAGAUGAGGAGAAUGAUGUUCGUAACAUGCUAUUAUUUUUAUUACAGAAUGAUCCUAGUCCUGAUGUUCGAAGAGCUGUUUUGCUGAAUAUUGAAGUGAGCAAAGUUACUCUACCGUUUAUUCUUGAACGUGCCAGAGACGUGGAUGCGACCAAUCGAAAAUGUGUCUAUUCUAAAGUACUUCCUAAAAUCGGUGACUUUCGAUACCUCAGUAUCAAAAAGCGAGUUCGUAUUCUGAAAUGGGGUAUGAAUGAUAGAGAUGAUAGUGUCCAACAAGCAGCGUCCAAUAUGUUAGCAUAUCAAUGGAUAGAGAGCGCAGAUAAUAAUUUGUUAGAAUUGCUGGAGCGUUUGGACGUCGUCCAAAAUUCGGAAGUUGCUAAUUUAGCAAUAAAAUGCUUUUUUACAACUCGCCUCGAGACACUCACUGAAAUUGAAUUCCCCGAUCAGUUUUGGUUGGAGUUGACGGCAGAGUCUGCUCUCCUUGCUAGAUCAUUUAGCGAAGUUUGUGCUGAGAAGAAUUUUGGAGAACUUGCAGAAAAAAUACCUGAAGUAAGUCAAUUGACUUAUUUCAUUGAAAAACAAUACGUCGCUCUACGUGAUAGAUCUACUUAUGAGGAGGCUUCUUUUAUCAUUGAACAACUUUUGCUAAUUGCCUUAAACCAAGAUAUGGCUGAUGAAAUUGGAAGACGUAAACUAUUAAAGAGUUUAACUAACAGUCUUUCCACUUCGUUGCUUUCUGAAACCUUGAUAUCUCUUCAUGUGGAAUUAUUGAAAAAAUUAUGUUCUACUGAAACCGAUUUUUGCUCUUUGCUGGUAGAAAUUAUUACGGACAUAUUCGAACAAGGACAUGCUGAAACCGCGAAGGAAUCUGAACUCCAACAGGCUCCACCAAAGUCUCCCCAGGAAAAAGAACCUGAAGCUGCUUCAUCUCCCGUUCCUUCAAACAUGGAAGAAGAUGAAGCUAACGAAGAAACCGAAGAAUAUAAGGAAGCAUUUAGUGAACUAAGAUGCCUUUCUUAUGUCCAAGCCUUGUUUGAAAAUAUAUCUUCCCCACUAAAUGAAAACUUAUAUGUCAUUGAUUUACUAAAAUCUUUAAUUAUACCUGCUGUAAAAUCUCAUGAUUUGCCAAUUCGCGAAAAAGGUUUAGAAUGUUUGAGUCUUGUCUGCCUUUUAAAUAGCGAUUUAGCUUAUGAAAAUGUUCCUUUAUAUUUACAUUGCUUGGAAAAAGGAACAGAUAAUUUAAAGAUUAUUGCCCUUCGAACCUUGACCGAUAUCUUUCUUCAACACGGGAAGGAUAGAUUCUCCACAUACGAUGAGCAAUUCUCGUCGUUGUUGCUUGAAACUCUUUUCAACAUCGAUGAGGCUGAGUUGCAAACCCUUAGUGCUGAAGCAAUUGCGAAACUUUUAGUAAUUGUUCAUUAUCGGGAUGAACUAUUUCUUAAGCCUUUAAUAAUCCAAUAUUUUGAGCCAAAUACUGUUGAGAACUUUGCUUUACGUCAGGUGUUAGGUUAUUUCUUUCCAGUUUAUGUAUAUGGAUCUCCUGAAAACCAGUGGAAAGUCGCAGAGGUAUUUUGCGACACGUUAUUGAAUUUAAUGGAAGUAUACCGCGAUAUAGAUGAGGAUGAUCUUCAAUUAUCGACUUCCCAAAUUUCUUUGCAAAUGCUUGAUUGGACUGAUAACGAAAAGCUUUUCGAGAAGAAAGUCAAUAGUGAGUCUUACACAUUAAAUAAUAAGAUUCACUUACACUUGGCGAAUAAUAUCUUUGAAUGCUUGCCUCGUGCACCUGAAGGAAAAGAUAGGAAACUCAUGGUUUCUUUGCUCGGAAAACUUAAUAUCCCUGACACAUUGCCUUCUGACGACUUUAGCAAAUCGAUUAGGAAAUUACAAACAUUUGAGAAUCAUGGCUUAACGUUAGACUCUACUAGUAUGAAUAUUCUAAAAAAGUUUGAAACAACUUUAAGAAAUAACGAAGCAGCAGCACUUGAAAGGGAAGAACAGGAAGCAAAGAGUGACGCAGAACACCCAGAGGUGGACGAAAGUAAAGAAAGUGAGAACAAAGAAGAGGAGCCUCUUGCUUAUAACGAUUUAAAUUCUGAAACAACAAAUCAAGAUCACUCAAUGACAGUUGAUUCUGAUGAAGAGGUGUACGUCAAAGAAGAAGAGGACUAAUGCGCGGUCACUCAAUUAUUGUUGGAACAUUCCUAUAGUGUUUGCAUAAACUAAAAUACGCUCGCUCUUUCUAUUUAUUGCCAGGUUAGAUUUUUGGUUACUGCUUAUAAAAUGCACUGCUAAUAUUGUUUAUGUAUAGAAUUAGAAAGUAAAAGUAUAGAUAUUCUUAGGUCUAAGAAAAGAAACAUAGUUUACCGUUGAUAUUCAUUUAAUUAAAACAAGUAAAGAUGC